ACCGCCGCCACCACGCCAGUGUGCGGUGAGUUGGUUGGCGAAAGUACAUUCAUCCUGCGAUCGGUUGCACGGACGGCAUCGCUCAACAGCAUCCAUCAGUCGCACCAGGUUGCAGCCUGGCGGCACCACGUUCGAUCCAAACAAGUCCAACAAACGGAAACAUUUUGCUUUCGACUUCUAAGGUAGGGCACGGUGUCGCGUGGUGAUCGCGCGUGUUGAUUGAUAGUGAUUGUUGUAUUUUAAAAUUUUCAACAUCGGUAGUGACAUCUUAUUUGUGGAGUAACCUCAUAACCCAGAAUCUGUAUAUUGUGAUUGGCACGAUCGAAGAGAACGUGUGAAGCAAUGGUAGAAUGGCGCUUAAUGUGACGCGAAAAUGUUUAAUCUAUUCUGUACUGGCAGUGAUUAUUGGGGCUGCAGUGAUUACAGCAGUGCUAGUUCUAAUUUUGCGAGACGACGAAGAGAUCAUGCAGAGCUACAAGUUCGCAAACAGUGAUUUAGUGUUACAGCUGCAGGAGCAACCCGACCAUCGAUACGUGCUUAGUUUAAUAAGAGAUGGCGCCUCGAUCCAACGCAUCACCUUUGACCACGAUUUCACCGAUGAUUCCGAAAUCGAAGCCACUCCUCAGGGGCUCUUACUGGAAGGCAAUGAGCAACGAAUCGAGCUCAAAGAUAUCGAAGACACAUCGAACUUUUCGAUGAUCAGCAUAACGCGAACACUCCGCAAAGGUCAAAUCGUGUCGGAUAUUGUCCACACCGGUGAAAAAUUGACCGAUCGUCCGGUUCAGUGGUACGGUGGACCCGAACAGAUGGAACAGCUCUAUCCGGUGCAGCAGUUGCACUUUGAGGACUACGCCUACUUGCCGAAGGAGCUGCACAGUGCGUCAAUUACAGAGCGUUAUUGGGUUAACUCCGCUGGCGUAUUUGUCUACGUUGAAAAGGAGGUCCCGCUCUUCAUUGACCAGGAUGAUCAAACGUUACGGUUGACGGCGAAGAAAGAACUUCCGUAUUAUACUUACGACGACACGUUUGUGUUCAACUAUCGGAUCGGAGUGGCGAAGAAUGUCAAGGAAGCACACUUGAAGGCAGUCGAUAAAGUGUUGAACAAGCCGGUAGGCAUUCCCGACGAACGGAUGGUACGGCAUCCAAUCUGGUCGACAUGGGUACGCUACAAAAAGCCAAUUAGUCAGCAAACUGUAUUGGACUUUGCGAAGGAAAUCAACGAUUAUGGGUUUAAAAACUCUCAGCUUGACAUCGACGACUACUGGGAGAACUGCUACGGAUCAUUGAUUUUCAAUCCCAUAACAUUCCCAAAUGUUACCGAGAUGACAGAGCAGCUUAAAGAAAUGGGCUUCCGAGUGACACUUUGGAUUCAUCCAUUCAUCAACAAGAAUUGUCAACCAUGGUACACGGAAGCGUUGACUAAAAGAUUCUUGGUGAAGUCUCACAACGAGAGUAUCGGUUACGGCACGAAAUGGUGGAACAGCGAAGAAAACGAAGCGUCAUACAUCAACUUCAACAAUCCGGCAGCCGUGGAUUGGUUCCGUCAGAGGCUUGCGGAACUGCGCGAGCAAGGCAUCGACAGUUUCAAAUUCGAUGCCGGGGAAACGAGUUGGGCGCCAGCAGACCCUGAUAUUCAAGGCCCGAAAGCAUUGCUACCGGCCAGUCUUACCACCAGCUACGUGCGAAUGUGUGCCGAAUUCGGACCUAUGAUCGAGAUCCGCACAGGAUGGGCUACCCAGGAUCUUCCGGUUUUUGUAAGGAUGCUGGAUUUUGACACUCGUUGGGGCAAGUACAAUGGAUUGCAGUCAUUGAUUCCGACGUUGCUGCAGAUGAAUUUGAAUGGAUAUCCGUUCGUUUUACCCGACAUGAUCGGUGGUAAUAUGUACGGUAACGAUAUCCUCACGAAAGAGCUGUUUAUCCGAUGGUUACAAGCGAACACAUUUAUGCCGAGUAUGCAGUUCUCAAAAGCCCCGUGGGAUAUCGAUUUGGAGACUGUAUCAAUCGCAAAACGAUUCACCUUGCUGCACGAGGAAUUCGCCGAUUACAUUUUGCAGCGGAUGCGCCUAACAGUGGCCGGAGGAAUUCCUGUGAAUCCUCCUAUUUGGUGGCUCGAUCCCGACGACGAGGUAGCACUGAAGAUCAGUGAUGAAUAUCUCCUGGGCGAGGACAUUCUGGUGGCUCCGGUUUUGACGGAAUUCGCCACCAAACGGGACAUUUACCUACCGAAAGGUACCUGGCGCGAUGGAAACACGAACCAGGUGUAUGAAGGAGGCCGAUGGUUGCGAGACCAUUUGGCACCAAUGGAUACGUUACCAUACUUCAUCAAGACUACGUUCCAAAUGCGAUAAGUGGCGAGA